AUGAUUUUUCUUUUCUUUCGAUAUAUCCUUUCUUAUGAUGUACAAUUUUGUUUCUCUGCAGAUCUAAAGUUGUGUCCUGAGGGAUAUGUUGAACUUCCACCAGAAAAUUUUGAUAUUUGGAAGAAUUAUUUAGAUAAGAAAAAUCUAGCGUUUUAUAUAUUCAAUGAUACAAUUAAUAAAGUUGGCCAAGAGCUAAUUUUCGAUUUCUCUAUCGAGAAUCCAAAUAAAACAGCAUUUGCGUUUAUUGGAACAAAUUCCCAUCCGAACAUAUACAUAGGAGGCUCAAAUUCAGAAGUAACGACAACAUCAAUUUAUUUUUCGAAGAUUAAUGCAAAUUUCAAAGUAAAUACGAUUAAUUCAGAAGCAUUUGAGGUAUUUUCUACGAAUAUUUUACCACGUAACGAAGUAACUGUCAAUACAAAUAAAAUUGGCGGCGAUCCAACUUCUCUUGGCAAUGUUUUAUUCGGAAAAAUUCAAAAUUUUAAUUUUUAUCUCGUUGAAAUGCAGAACAAAAACGUCGAAAUAGCAAUACCUCAACAGUACUCAUCAGUCAUAAACGUCCAAAGGUUCGAAUCUGAUUACGAAGUCACAGUUUAUUACGAUGGGUUUAAUUUCGUGAGUGAAAAACAGAACAGCGCGUUAUUUAUUAAUGCGUAUAAAUGUGAUAUUGAUAUUUUGAUCACAACUACAAAAAAUUUCAAAUUAACACUUUAUUGGCUUUCAAAUGUCGGAAUUUCAUUACUAAACAGAUUAAAAAUCAUUACUACACAAAAGGCAUUACUAAACAUUCCACAACAAUACUAUUCUCCCAAGACAUUUCCAAUUUUAGAUUUAUCUCAAGGCUGUGACCUUUCUAUUAACGCACAAACAGUUCCAUUUAAGUAUAGAAGAGACGAUAGUAUUCGAUUUUACGCAGAACUCGGAGAAAAAGUUCAGAAAAUUUCCGAAUUACCAAUUCUCACCGGAGAAUAUACAGAAAUAUACGGAGUUGGCGAACAACAGACAGUUACACUUGAAGAUUUCGUGUUUUCCAAUGGCGGAGAACUCAGAUUAGAUCCUAUUUCAAUGAAUACAAUAUUAUCAAAUUUACACAUUGAUUCUGGAAGCAACGCAAUUAUAAAAGGAUCAUCCACAGUCACUUUUGACGAUUUAGAACUUGAUGGAUCCAAAUUAACAGUAAAUAACAUAUCUUUCAACGGAAAGAACCCGAUUACAAUGAAGUAUUCGAGUACAAACAGUUCAUUGUUGUCUGUUUUAGGUUCUUUAUACGAAGAAGGUCAGAAAAAAUUAAAUAUUGAAAUUGAUCAGACAUUUAAGCCCGAAAAAGAAGAGAUUCCGUUGAUCUGUGGUUCGUCAAUCAAUUGCGAUGACUGGACACUCAAUAUAAACAGCCAGGAGAACUCUGCUCAAAUUGGAAAUUUAUCUUUCACGAAAAGUUGCUUUGAAAACCAAGAAGAAGCAACAAAAUGUCUUUCUGUGAAGUCUCAGCCUUCAUCUACCCAAGUUUUGAACAAGAUUUGCUUAUCAAAUUCCGUAACCAACGGAAAUUGUCCGGAAAAUUUUGUCCUCGUUGAUCCGAAAGAUUUUAACUCUGUUUUGAACAAGAAAACACCAAAAUUUGACAUUUUCAUUGACGGUUUUUCGGAUUUAGAGUUGGAUUUCUCAGGAAUUGAAAAUUCUAUCGUCUCAAUCACUUCACCUCAACUUUGUAACCUUAAAUUAUCGUCAAAUUCAUUAGUCCGCAAUUCCAUGAAGAUUUUAACACUUCAGAACAUAAAUUUGGAUACAAAUGAUGAUACAAAUUAUAUUGGUAAUUUGAUUCUAUUGAAUGGAAGCGGUUUGACAGACAGACUCCUUCAAAAAUUGUAUAUUGAUGAAUUAACGGCCAAACAAUCGAAUUUACCAAAUGGAUUUCCGAAAGCAGCAAUAAAUGUCGAUUUUGAACUUGACGGUUUUGACAAACCGUUGGAUGUAACCAUAAACAAUGAAAAAAUCAUUAUGAAUUCAGAAGAUGGAAAAAUUUAUGAAAUUGUCACUUUUCCAAAAUUUUCUGUCAAUUUUAUUUUGACAAAACCACAAAAAAUGACAUUUCACAGUGAGAACAACUCAGAUAUAUCUAUUAGUAUAUCAGGCGAAGUUGAUUUGGAUAUGAAUUUAGAGAAUUACAAAGGAAAUCUAAAUCAAUUAAAUAUAAACACGAAAAACAUAAAUUUACAAACAAAUGAUCAAAAUUUGACAUUUGUAAACAUUAAUUCACAAAACGUAACAAUAACAGGAACAAGUACUCUUGGAAAUAUAAAUUUGAAGUACCAAGGAUUGUUUAAUUGCCAAUCAAAACUAAAAAUUCAAAAAUUGACAGUAAAUCCGAAAUGUCAAAUUAAUUCAAAUUCAAUUUCGGUUGUGUCACUUUUUGUUUUAGAGAAUUGUAAGAUUGAUAUAGAAUUUAAUGUCAUUACUUCUUGUAUUAGCCCGUCAAGCGAAGUUAACUUUGAUGUAAUGUCGAAACAUAUUUUUGUUGAUUAUUGUUUACAAAGUUUGCCAAGAAUUUUCUUCAAAAAAGUGACACAAAAAGUGAUAGUUAAUAUGCAUUAUAUUAAAAAUGGAGAAGAUUUAUAUGAACAGUUCAAAGAUAUAUAUUCAACAAAGCCUAUUCCGUUUCUUUUUUCGAGUCAAAAUUAUUACAAAUCAUUUGAUUUGAAUUUUGUGUCAGAAAUUCCUGAUUUUAAUCAAACAACUUGUAUUUUGUAUAAAACAUCAAAGAAGAUUCAGUCUGAAUACGCAAUUUGUAUAUAUUACCAAUCAAAUAAACCAAGACCAUCUCCAAUAGAAACUCCUAAUUUCACUCCUGAAGAAACUCCAGUGAUGACUCCAAAAAGAACUGAUUUUCCUGAUCAAACACCAACACCUCAGAAACAGAAAUUCUACAAUACAAUACUCGGAAUUGCAAUAAUUGUUGGUGCAGCAGUCAUUGUUGUUUGUUUGAUCUCUUCAAUUGUUAUUGUUAUUUUGAUGCAUAAAAGAAAAUCACAGCUCAAGAAUCUUCUUAAAUCAGAGUUCUUGAUUGCACGCGAAGAAAAUGAUUCUUUUGUAUAA